AUGAUUCCUCCCACGACGCCGCCUCGAAGAACAGUGGCUCUUGAGCCGGUCACGCCGUCGUCGUCCAGAUGCCAUAAAAAGAACAGUCGCCUGAAACCAGUUGCUUCGCCUUUCCUCACCCCUAGAUCAUCUAGGAAGCACGCCAGCGAUAUAAUCGGGCCUUCUCCGAAACAGGCCCAGCACAACUUUCUACCUACACCGCUGACGGUGGGAAGCGGCAGGAAGGGCAGAAACCCGGUUUUGCCAGCCCAGACAUCGCUGAAGUCACGUAACUUGACUGCUACGCUUCAGGCGCUUAGUGAGAAUCACCUGGUUAAGGAGCAGCAACCAUCUACUCCACCUCGUCCUUCCACGCCACAAGAACAAAUAAUACGUGAACCUUCCACGCCGUAUAGCGCUGGAUUGGGUAUUUAUGAUAUUGACGAUGAUGAUACCGAUAAGGUACGCGUGGUGGAUGUGGACUUUCUCAAACAUAUUCCUCGCAAGAAACUCCCGAACCCUUUUCUAGAAUCCCAUCCUUCGAGGCUGAAGAAACAGCCUUCGAAGAUUGACCUUGCUACGCAAAUGGAACUUGUCAAUCAUCGUACUGGUGAAAGAAAAGUUGAACAGCUACUGGAAGAGCAGCGUCGGUUCAAACCCCGCAGACUCGAAUUCACCCCGGCGGAGAAUCCAGUCAAGAUCAACUAUAAUAUCGCCAAUAAGUUUGUUGGCAAGAACAUGGGCAAGGCAUUUACAAUGGAAGAUUCGAAUAAGCUGGGCUUUAGCAUCUUCAGUGAUGGGGACUCCUCCAGUUAG